GAAAUAAUGAACUGGGCUUUAUAAGGCCCAUUAAACUCGAGGUGGAUCCAAAUCGGAUGCUGAAAAUUUCAGUUAAGGUAUGAGCUUGGAGAAAACGCAAAACCCUAAACCCUAAGCUGCUUCUAGAAUCUUCGCUCUGCUACAUUUCUCCUCUUCUCGGAGUGCGAAUUGUCCAAGUUUGGCUUCUUAUAGUUCGAUCUGAAGCAAUUUUGAUCUCCUCGGGUUUGAGUGAGAAAUUGAGAAUCUAUCAACAUGUAUCGACUUGUCUCCAACAUUGCUUCAAAAGCUAGAAUUGCCAGAAAAUGUACAACCCAGAUUGGAAGCAGGCUCAAUUCUACUAGGAACUAUGCAGCAAAAGACAUAAGGUUCGGUGUUGAUGCUCGAGCUUCAAUGCUUAGAGGUGUCGAGGAGCUUGCUGAUGCAGUUAAAGUCACUAUGGGUCCCAAGGGUCGUAAUGUCAUCAUCGAACAAAGCUGGGGUGCACCAAAGGUGACGAAGGACGGUGUUACUGUUGCCAAGAGCAUUGAGUUCAAGGACAGAGUUAAGAACGUUGGUGCUAGCCUCGUCAAACAAGUUGCUAACGCCACAAAUGAUGUUGCUGGUGAUGGAACAACGUGUGCUACAGUCCUUACUAGAGCUAUCUUCGCCGAAGGUUGUAAAUCAGUUGCUGCUGGAAUGAACGCAAUGGACCUAAGACGUGGUAUCAAGUUAGCAGUUGAUACCGUUGUGACGAACUUGAAGAGCCGAGCUCGCAUGAUCAGCACUUCUGAAGAAAUUGCUCAAGUUGGAACAAUUUCAGCUAAUGGAGAUAGAGAAAUUGGUGAACUGAUUGCAAAGGCUAUGGAAAGUGUCGGCAAAGAGGGAGUGAUCACGAUUCAUGAUGGCAAGACUUUGUUUAAUGAGCUGGAAGUUGUUGAGGGUAUGAAGAUUGACAGGGGAUACAUCUCCCCAUACUUCAUUACAAACCAGAAGAAUCAAAAAUGUGAACUAGAAGAUCCUCUCGUUCUAAUCCACGAGAAGAAAAUUUCCAAUAUCAACUCUAUGGUGAAAGUCUUAGAACUGGCUAUCAAGAAGCAAAGGCCGCUGCUGAUUGUUGCGGAGGAUUUGGAGAGCGAUGCUCUUGCCAUGCUAAUUCUGAACAAACUUCGUGGUGGAGUCAAGGUCUGUGCUGUGAAGGCACCUGGUUUUGGAGAAAACCGAAAGGCCAAUUUACAGGAUCUAGCUAUCCUCACCGGAGCCCAGGCAAGUUAUAACAGAAGAGUUAGGCAUGAAUCUCGAGAAAGUCGACCUCAGUAUGUUUGGAAACUGCAAAAAGGUUCGUGUGGCCCCUUAUUCUCCUUUUUCUCAUUUACCUUUAGAUACACUUUAUAUCACAUGAUUUUCAUUUGUGAACAGAUAACUGUGUCCAAAGACGACACUGUUUUUCUUGACGGUGCUGGUGACAAGAAAUCAAUUGGAGAACGAUGCGAACAGAUACGAUCGAUUGUUGAAGCGACCAAGUCUGAGUAUGACAGGGAGAAGUUACGAGAAAGGUUGGCUAAGCUUUCUGGUGGUGUUGCUGUACUAAAGAUUGGAGGAGCGAGCGAGACAGAAGUUGGCGAAAAGAAAGAUAGAGUAACCGAUGCUCUAAAUGCUACCAAAGCAGCUGUAGAAGAGGGCAUUGUUCCAGGUGGUGGUGUUGCUCUUUUGUACGCGUCGAAAGAACUUGAGAAGCUCUCCACAGCUAACUUUGAUCAGAAGAUCGGUGUCCAAAUCAUUCAAAACGCUCUCAGGACACCUGUUCACACGAUUGCUUCCAACGCCGGAGUCGAGGGUGCAGUUAUCGUAGGCAAGCUUUUGGAGCAAGAUAACCCUGACCUCGGUUAUGAUGCUGCUAAAGGAGAGUACGUCGAUAUGGUGAAGGCUGGUAUUAUCGACCCUGUGAAAGUGAUCAGAACCGCAUUGGUUGAUGCUGCAAGUGUAUCGUCUUUGUUGACAACGACGGAAGCUGUUGUGACUGAUAUUCCAUCGAAAGAGGAAGCGUCUCCGGCUAUGGGCGGUGGUGGUAUGGGCGGUAUGGGUGGUAUGGGCGGUAUGGGAGGAAUGGGUUUCUGAUGAGAACCGUAAACCCUAUCUAGGUUUACUUUGGAAACUGUUGUGUGAUACUAUAGUUACUUCAUCCAAAAGGCACUAAUUACUUUGCAAGAGAGAUGAACCUUCAGAUUUUUACAUGAUUUCUGGAUUUCCAAUUCAGUCGAUUUAUAAAAUAUUUUUUAAAAAUUGACAUACAAGUCUUUUGUGUUGUCUCCAAAAUUCUUGAGAUUGAUGUAA